AUGAGUGAAAUCAAACCUACCGAUCCAGCAACAACUAACGCUGGAGAGGAAAAGGACUGGGCAGCAGCAAAAUCCGUUUUUUGACAGUUUAAAAACAAAGAAACCUAGACCCGUAAGUGAUACAUACGCAGUUGUUGUUUGCCUUUGCAGAUAAAAGUGUCUACACGGGUCUAUAGUGUCCUAUUUGCUAAUCUCUAGUAUCGUAAUUUUUUCUUGACUAUACUUGUUUUCCAAAUAGCCAAAACCCCAAUAUGCCAUUACUAUCGCCGUCUCUUCUCGCACCCUGUUCAACAUGGUUGCGGAGCGGAAGAUCUCCGAGGAAGAGGGAGUCGAGAAGUAUGUGACCUAUCAACAGGAGCACGAGAAUGAGCCGCUCAUGCCAGGUGUGGCGUUUCCUCUCGUGAAGGUAGAUUAGAGGGAUUGAAUUAACGUUAACUAAGGAAAUGGCCUAUCUGCAUGUCUGUGCGUGGGAGAGUCAGAGGGUUGCCUUACAAUUGCAUAAGGAUUCCUUAGUGGAGGUGAAGGGGAAACCUCACUCACUGAAUUGCCAAUGCCUUUAAGCCUAGAUGCAAUUUGUGUAAUCCAUCCAGAAUAGUGUUUUGCUCAGAAUUACACAAUAGCCAAUGUUAUUUUCAACUGUUAUGCACCAUCUAUACAUGAAUGCAUGAAUGACACUGUGGCUGAAUGACACUGUUACUCUGGUUCUUCCCAUAUACAAGCUCCUCUAUAAUGGUAUGCAAGCACAGGAUUAGGCCAUGUUGUAAUCUAAAGCAGAAUGACAAAUGUUUAAAUCAAGGGAAGACCCCUUAAAAUAAUCUGUGUGGGUGUGUUCCUGCAUUUGUGAGUGCGUGUGUGUGCACAUAUUCAUAUGUUGCAACUUGGAACAGAAUAUUCGGAAGCAACACCCUAGAAGUAGUUGGUGUAGUCAGCCAGGUUCUGUCAUUGUUUCUUAAUCCCUGUGUCAAUUAUGUCCUAAAAACACACACUCUCUCACACACACUGCAGGCUCUGAUGACAGUGAACUCCAGACUGAGGCAGCUCUACCCCGACAGUGAGGAGCUGUUUGAUAUCGUCCUGAUGACUAAUAACCACGCCCAGGUCGGGGUGCGCCUCAUCAACAGCAUCAACCACUACGGUCCGUAAAACACGCCUACAACACGCCUACAACACGCAUAAUGCUCUGUAACGCAUACUGCUAUGUUACAGCCACGCCUACAAUAUUAUAAUAUAAUUAUUUUGCAAUGUAUGUUCAUUCAUGUUUCAUUAAAUGAUUGGACAUCCAAUUUUAAGCUGUUCUUUUGACCAAUUAUGUUGUUUUUAAUGUUUAUAUGCCUGUUGUUCAUGAUAUGUAGUGGAAAUCUGUGGCUACCAGCCUGAUGACUAUACCAUCACAUUUCUAUGAGUUUCUGAUAAAAACAAUGGUUCCCUCUACCUAACAGAUUUAACCAUUGAGCGAUUCUGUAUGACGGGAGGGCAAAGCCCCAUUGGCUAUCUAAAGGCCUACAUGACCAACUUGUACCUCUCCAAGGAUGGAGACAAAGUCACAGAGGCCAUUGAGGAGGGUAGGUGGUGAUGCUACUGGUUUAGGAUGGACUGGUUUAGGUUAGCAUGGAUGCUAAGUCCAAAACCGUAGAUUACAUUGUGGUAACACUUUAUAGUAUAGCCUACAGAUAUAAUGCAUGGAUGAUGCUGUCAUAAUGGGUUGUGACUAGAUGGUGUACAGCCAAGGACGAGUUUACAAUUUAACUACCAUGAGAGUUGAGAGAGGAUGAGGAUUUCACUGUUGGUUUUACACACAACAUAAUUGUACAGUUUCAGUUAAUAAAACUGACGAUUGUUUAUUUUUUAUGAAAGUAUUGAUGAUGAGUGUACUGUUGCUUGUAUGCGUGUGCUUCCUGUAACUGUCACCUCCUGAUGUCAUCCCCGUCACACUAGGUAGCUAGCUACAAUAGUUCCCGCAGUAGUUGCAGGAUGAAGGACAAUGUGUCCCGGUGUUGUUGCCGUUCAUGUUCACCCCAUUGGGUAGACUGUAUCACGGUAACAUCUAGACGCUUACCAAUAUGAGUUAUUUUAGUAGGAGACUAAAAUCCUAUUAAAAAAUAUUAAUAAAUUGGUCACGUUAUACUAGCUACCGCCGGCGACACCGUGAAAAUACAGCUGCCGAGUAGGAAGCACCUCACGUCGGCAAGCACAACACCGGCGUGCCUUGUCGUCGUGAUUAGCUAAUUGGCAUGUCAAGGUGACAUCCAUAUGAACACUAGCUGUCAUCACAGAUGAAUGGAGAAACCAGUUAGUUAAAAGUAUAUUUACUGUCCUCGCCUAGGGACUCAUAGCUAGCUAACUAACCUAACUCUCUAGCGAGAGAAUGGCGAUUUUUGCGUCACUUCCGUCCGUAGCUCUAUACCAUCUAGCCAUAACUGUUGUAAUGCGUUGUAAGACUUGUUAUGAGCAUGUAUAAGCCCCUUGUAAUGUCUUAUAAACAGGCAUUGCUGCAGCGACCAUGUUUACAUCUGGAGAUGUGGAGAACCAGCUGUCUGACACACAGCUGAAAGUAGCUUUUGACGGGGACGCUGUCCUCUUCUCUGACGAGUCGGAGAUCAUCGUAAAACAACACGGCCUGGACACGUUCUUUGAGCACGAGAAGGAAUUUGAGAACAAACCUCUUGCACAGGUGAUCAUGAGAGGACUCUGAAGCAGAGUAUAUGCCUCCAUUUUAUAUUCGCUUUUGGCAUGGUCGUUUGUGUCAGAUUUCCUUUACUCCCUAUAGAGGGGUUAUAGAUGUUCAACUAACUAGGAACAACCGUUUUAACUAACUAUCCCAAAUCCUAGACCUAACCCUUUCCUUAUACCUACCAAGAUGUUGCAUAACUAAAGACCAUCUAUAAUAGGGGACUAUCCCAAUAAAGUGGAACCCAUUGAUGUAUUAUUUGCUUUGAUUUUGGACAAAAGUAAAAAUAAUACUAUGCCAACCCUAUGUCUCAUUCAUUCACUCAGGGUCCCUUGAAGUGUUUCCUGGAGGCGCUGGGGAAGCUCCAGAGAAAGUUCUACGCAAAGAACGAGCGUAUGACCUGCCCCAUUCGUACCUACCUGGUAACAGCCCGCAGCGCAGCCAGCUCAGGGGCCCGUGUCCUCAAGACCCUCAGGAGCUGGGGCCUGGAGAUUGACGAGGCCCUGUUCCUAGCCGGGGCCCCCAAAGGGCCCCUCCUGCAGAAGAUCCGGCCCCAUAUAUUCUUUGACGACCAGAUGUUCCACAUCGAGGGAGCCAAGGAGAUGGGGACCAUCGCUGCACACGUGCCUUAUGGGGUCGGUCAGAAGUAUCACAAGGGGAAACUUAUUGAGCAGCCCGCUAGAGAUGCCAAAGACAAGAAGUAGUGAGCCUCCUAGCGGUGGGAAGGUAGCAUAAGUUAUGCAAAUGCUUAGUUGCACACAACCCUGUCAUCAGCUGUAGUAACUUCAUUGUUUAUCACCUUUUUUAGAGCAGGAUUUUGUAUUAUUUCUCUCUAUUUACACUUUAUUACAAAUGCCUUUAUCAGAAUAUAUUGUAUUAACAGGAGAGAAAAACAUAUUGUUUAGGACUGUAGAUGGAAUACUCACAUCAGGGACCAAUGUCACCUAAUGUUCUCUGUCAUAAGGAGAGAAGGGAUCACUUUCCUACAAUCCUCAUCAUCAUCACAUUAUUGUCUUUAAUAGUAUUUGGUAAAAUAUGUAGUUUUUUAUGAAAAUGUAUGUCAUAAAGUGUUUUCAAAUUUUACACAGGAAAGUAUAUUUAGGAAAGUGUAUUUUAUAUCUUUAGAGAAGCACAUUUUGUCUCAUGGCCAGAUAAACAUGUAUGUUAUAUUCUCAACACUCCCGUAUCUAGACUUCUCGCUUCUGCCCACGCAUGUCAUGGUUUUGUGUAUUGCGGUUUAACAUAGCUUUUAGGUACUUUGCAUAGAGGAUUGGUAAAGAUUUGUGCACUCUAGUAAACGUAUGAAAAGGAACACUUACAAGGUAGAAUGCUUAUUGAUAUGAAGUGCUGCAAAUAAAUCUGCAUUUUGGUUUUAAUGCACACCAUACAAAACAGACUUUAACACACUAUUAUUUACACUUAAAGAUGCAGUCUGGGAUCUUAAGCACUUACAAUUACAAAUUCGUAACAUAUUGUACGAAAUGGAAUUCGUAACAUAUCAUACGAAUUGCAAAUGUUAAAUUUUUUAUUUUUUGCAGGACAUAACAUAUCAUACAAAAUG